GCGGCGGGCGGAGGAGGAGGAAGAGGUGGCAGCCCCCGACGGCCCCGACGGCCGCGGCCAUGGCAGAGUCCGGAGCCCCCUCGGGCGGCGACAAAACGCCCCGGCUCCAGGACCGGGUCCUGGCCGGGAUGCGCUGGGGCCGCCUCCAGGAGCCGCUGGGCUUCGUCAAGGUGCUGGAAUGGCUCUUUGCCAUCUUUGCUUUCGGGGCGUGCGGUUCUUUCAGCGGUGAAAGCGGGGCCACGGUGAAGUGCAGCGGUGAAACCAAAGAGAUGAGCGCCAUUUCCGUGCAGUUCGGGUACCCGUUCAGGUUGUACCAGAUCCCCUUUGAGAUGCCGGAGUGCGACGGCGAAUCAGAGCCGCGCUUGCUGCACCUGGUGGGCGACUUCUCCGCUCCAGCCGAGUUCUUCGUGACCCUGGGGGUCUUCUCCUUCCUCUACACCAUGGCAGCUCUGGUGCUUUACCUGCGCUUUCAUUCCCUUUACGCCGAUAACAAGAAGCUCCCGUUCACGGACUUCUGUGUCACCGUCUGCUUCGCCUUCUUCUGGCUGGUGGCGGCGGCGGCGUGGGGCAAAGGGCUGAGCGACGUCAAGGCGGCCACGAGGCCCUCCAGCCUCAUCGCAGCCAUGAGUGUGUGCCAGGGCCAGGACGUGGUGUGCAACGCCGGCGCCACGCCGGCCAUGGGGCUGGCCAACAUCUCCGUG